AUUCAAAGCAAAGCGAGGUAGUUGGGCCAACAAAUUGAUCAAACCGCCGAAGCAUUCCCUUGAAUGAGGCCCAAUAUACAAACGUCUCCCAUUUUGUCUCCCUUCUUUCUUGGACCGCCGAAGUUGUUCCUCUUUCUCCCCAACGAUACUCUGAUAUCUCUAACAAAACGCCGAUCAAAGGAGAGGAGAGAGAGUUCAAUCCUUCGAUCAGAAACUCAGAAAUUAAUCAGAAGUUUGAGCUUGAUUUUCAAUUUUUUUCCUCAGCAAUCAAAUCAUGUACAGAAUCGCAUCUUCUCGUCUUAGAGCCAUCAACAAGGCUCAGGCAGGGAGCAGGUAUCUGGGUAGGUAUGCCAGUUCAAGUGCUGUAGCUGCUAAAACUAACUCUUUAGGGGGGUUGUUGAGCUGGAUUUUGCCUGGAAAAUCCAAAUCUCUUCCUCCGCUUGAUUUCCCUCUUGAGGGAGUAACAGUGCUCCCACCGUUGCCCGAUUUUGUUGAACCUGCAAAAACAAAAAUAACUACUCUUUCUAAUGGAGUCAAAAUUGCAUCUGAAGCAUCACCUAACCCUGCAGCCUCUAUUGGUCUGUAUGUAGACUCUGGCUCAAUUUACGAGACACCCUUCUCGUUUGGUGCAACACAUCUUUUAGAGCGCAUGGCUUUUAAAACCACCACAAACCGUAGCCACCUUCGCAUUGUACGUGAAGUGGAGGCCAUUGGAGGCAAUGUGACAGCCUCAGCUUCUCGGGAACAAAUGGGUUACACUUUUGAUGCUUUGAAGACCUAUGUUCCUGAAAUGGUUGAACUUCUUGUAGAUUGUGUAAGGAACCCUGCAUUCUUGGACUGGGAGGUGAAUGAGACGCUUCAGAAUAUGAAGCUUGAGGUAAGUGAAGCUGCUUCCAACAACCCUCAGGCGUUGCUUGUGGAGGCAAUGCAUUCGGCUGGUUAUUCAGGUGCCCUGGCAAAUUCUCUAAUGGCCCAAGAAUCAACUAUGUUCAGAUUGGAUAGUUCUGUUUUGGAGCAGUUUGUUGCUGAGAAUUAUACUGCUCCUCGUAUGGUGCUUGCUGCUUCUGGGGUUGAACACGAAGAUCUGCUGUCAAUUGCGGAGCCUCUUUUGUCAGAUUUACCUCGUGUACCUCGUCCCGAAGAGCCCCAAUCAGUUUAUGUUGGAGGGGAUUACCGUUGCCAAGCAGGAUCAGGGGUGACACAUUUUGCUCUUGGUUUCGAACUACCUGGUGGCUGGAAAAAGGAAAAGGAUGCAAUGAUUCUUACUGUUCUUCAGAUGCUUAUGGGAGGUGGUGGAUCCUUUUCAGCUGGUGGUCCUGGAAAGGGGAUGUAUUCACGAUUAUACCUGAAUGUCUUAAAUCAGUACCCCCAAGUUCAAUCGUUCUCUGCUUUCAACAGCAUCUACAACAACUCUGGCAUCUUCGGAAUUCAAGGGACCACUGGUUCUGACUUUGUAUCAAAGGCAAUUGAGAUUGCUGCUACAGAACUCAUUGCAGUUGCAACUCCUGGACAAGUCACACAGGUGCAGUUGGAUCGUGCUAAAGCAGCAACAAAAUCAGCUAUUCUUAUGAAUUUGGAAUCACGAAUGGUUGCAUCUGAAGACAUUGGUCGUCAGAUUUUGACUUAUGGAGACAGAAAACCAGUGGAUUAUUUCUUGAAAUCUAUUGAUGAAAUCACAGUGAAGGACAUUGCUACCAUCUCCCAAAAGCUUUUGUCUUCUCCUCUUACUAUGGCUUCUCAUGGCGAUGUUCUUUAUGUUCCAAGCUAUGAUGCUGUAAGUAGCAUUUUCCGAUCAAAGUAGGGAAGUCUCACGGAACUUGGCCAUCCUUUACUUCAAUUUCCUGGAUUUUAUACUUCAAGAAGCUUUUACAGGCAGAAGGUAUAUGUUCAAAAUAAAAAGGAUAUUGAAGACAUAAUUUUUGGUGUCCUGCAUACGCAGUUUUUGAAGAGCGAAAUUUCCAUGUAUUUGUUCUCUGCUGGCGGUGUUUCGCAGCUCAAAGAUGACUAUUUAAGCAAUUUAUUGUUGAUGUUGUAAUCUUGGAGAACUUUGGCUAUACAAAAUGUUCACAUUUCUUGGUA